CGUGUCCCGGAACAGGAGCAGAGCCGGAGCAGAGCCGGAGCAGAGGCGACAUGUCGGGCGUGGCGGCGGCGCUUCAGCGCAGACGGGAGCGCAGUGCGGGAGCGGGGAGCCAGGAGCAGGCGGUGAAGUAUCUGGGACAGGACUAUGAAAGUGUGAGGAGACACUGUCUGGAGACAGGCAGCUUGUUCCAGGACGAGACCUUCCCGGCUCUCAGCUCCUCUCUUGGAUUCAACGAGCUGGGAGCAAACUCCUACAAAGUCCGGGGAGUCACCUGGAGGAGACCCACGGAGCUGACCUCCAACCCCCAGUUCAUUAUUCAAGGAGCCAGGAGGACAGACAUCUGCCAGGGAGCCCUGGGUGACUGCUGGCUGCUGGCGGCCAUCGCUUCUCUGACGCUGAAUGAGGAGGUUCUGGCCCGGGUGGUUCCUCAUGGACAGAGCUUUGAGGGAGGAGCGUACGCUGGAGUCUUCCACUUCCAGUUCUGGCAGUUUGGGGAGUGGGUGGAUGUGGUCAUUGACGACCGUCUGCCUGUCAAAGAUGGAGAGCUGAUGUUCGUCCACUCAGCAGAGGGAAGAGAGUUCUGGAGCGCUCUGCUGGAGAAAGCCUAUGCCAAGCUGAAUGGCUGCUACGAGGCACUGUCCGGAGGCUCCACCACAGAGGGCUUUGAGGAUUUCACCGGAGGGAUCGCCGAGGCCCAUGAGCUGAGAAGACCAAAUCCACGUCUUUUCAAGAUCAUUCAGAAAGCCCUGAACCGGGGCUCCCUGAUGGGCUGCUCUAUUGAUAUCACUAGCUCAGCAGACUCGGAGGCAGUGACGUCCCAGAAGCUGGUGAAAGGCCACGCCUACUCCGUCACAGGUGCAGAGGAGGUGGAAUACCGUGGCGACAUGGUGAAGCUGAUCCGGAUCAGAAACCCCUGGGGUCAGGUGGAGUGGACCGGCCCCUGGAGUGAUAAUUCCAUGCAGUGGCGUCAGAUCAGCGAUGACGACAGAGAGCGACUCAGUCAUCGCUCAGAGGAUGGAGAGUUCUGGAUGUCUUUCUCAGACUUCCUGCAGCAUUAUUCCCGCCUGGAGAUCUGCAACCUGACGCCCGACGCCCUCACCGAUGACUCCUUCAGCAAAUGGGCGCUGUCCAAGUUUGACGGCACCUGGAGGAGAGGCUCGACUGCUGGAGGCUGCAGAAACUACCCAAACACCUUCUGGACCAACCCUCAGUUUGUCAUCAAGCUGGAUGAAGAGGAUGAUGACCCGGAUGAUGGCGAGGCGGCCUGCAGCUUCGUGGUCGGUCUGAUCCAGAAGAACCGCAGACGUAUGAGGAAGAUGGGUGAGGACAUGCACACCAUUGGCUUCGCCAUCUACGAGGUCCCUGAUGAGGUUGCUGGCCAGAGGAACAUCCAUUUGAACAGUAACUUCUUCCUGCGCCACGCCUCCGCUGCACGCUCCGAGACCUUCAUCAACCUGAGGGAGGUGUGCAACCGCUUCUCCCUCCCCCCUGGCGAGUACCUCAUCCUGCCAUCCACCUUCGAGCCACAUAAGAACGCAGACUUCUGUGUUCGCGUCUUCUCCGAGAAGCAAGCCGAUUUUCAAGAACUGGAUGAUCCUGUGGAGGCCAGAGUUGAAGAGAUUGAACUGGAUUAUGACGACGUGGAUGAUCGCUUCAGGGGUCUGUUUGGGCAGCUGGCUGGAGAGGACAGUGAGAUUUCUGCCUUUGAGCUGAAGAGGAUCCUCAACAAGGUGGUGGCCAAACGUUCGGGGGUUCAGACCAGCGGGUUCAGCUUGGAGACGUGUCGUAACAUGGUCAACCUGCUGGAUAGAGACGGCAGUGGUAAACUGGGCCUGGUGGAGUUCAAGAUCCUGUGGACCAAGAUCGAGAAGUACCUGAAUAUUUACCGUCAGAAGGACGUGGACCAGUCAGGAACGAUGAGCUCCACAGAGAUGAGGACGGCUUUGGAGGAGGCUGGCUUCAGUCUGAACAAUGCUCUGCACCAGGUCCUGGUCGCCCGCUACAGCGAACCCAACCUCACCGUGGACUUUGAUAACUUUGUGGGCUGUCUGGUGCGCCUGGAGACCAUGUUCAAAACAUUCAAAACGCUGGACCAAGAGGAAUCUGGGUCAGUCGAACUGAACAUGCUGGAGUGGCUGAAUGUGGCGAUGCUGUAAAGACGCUUCACCAUACCGCCCCCUGGCUGCUCCCCAGAGAACUACAACAAUGCACCUUCAAUAAAUCACCGAGGUGCUUAAAUGUCAUGAGCAAGCUAUAAAACACGAGGUGUAAUAACACAGAGAGAAAUAUUCAUGAUGAGGUGAAGGGAGGGGGGUCUCUAUUGGUUUUUGAUUUCAGGGUCUUAAAACUGUUUUAAUGCUUGAAUAAAAAUUUGAGAAUUAAUUUUCCCCAGAAGCAUUUGUACUGCAUUGAAUAAACACAA